AAAACUGUGAAAAAUAUUUUAAAUUAGUGUAAUAAAAUGUGUAAGUUGGUAACGAGUAAGUAACUCGAUGCGUUGACCCGAACAACCUGCAACCCAAUCCGGCCGCAACCCGCCCGGUCCGAAACCCGAUGAACCCGAACCUGAUUUGCCCAUAACUCGAUUGAACCCGAACCCGAUCAACCCGCAACCUGACUAACCCGCAACCCGAUUAAACCCGAAUCCGAUUGAACCUGAACCAACGAACCCGCAAUCCAAUGAACCCGCAACCCGACUAACCCGCAACUCGAUUGAACCCAGCCCGAACCCGCCCGAUUGACACCAAUACUUGAAAGUUGCAAGUGGUCACACCGAAAAGUGGAACGGAUAAAGCAAAAGGCCAAAAAGCAAAAACAAAUUCUUGAACCACCAAACCAGCAUCUAAAACGGCCACAAGGAGGAUAUGGUCAUUCCAUUUCCACCUUGCACAUCUUGGCAAACGGGAUUUCUCGUCCCUGCGUCUCACGCAUUUCGAGGCUGCCACUGGUUGCAAUAAAUACUUGCCCGCUAGCGUUUCUGUCAUUUCGCUACACACUUUAUAGUUUAUACCACCGCCCGGCUCCGCUAGAGUCAUCGGCUAUAACGCCCAUUCUCUCGCCGUGCAGCAAGCUGUGGGACUUUGAGGAAAUAGAUUUUUGGAGUUAUGGCGCUUUGGAACGCUGUCGCCUCGCGAUUAGCUCGGCACAGGAGCUGGACCGCCGGCGUUGGAUCCAGCCGGGCUAUGUCGUCGUGGUGGCAUAGCGUGGAGCCCGCUCCCAAGGAUCCGAUUCUCGGCGUUACGGAAGCUUUCCUCGCUGAUCCCAGUCCAGAUAAAGUCAAUGUUGGAGUUGGAGCCUACCGUGAUGAUAACGGAAAGCCGGUGGUUUUGGAAUGCGUCAGAGAAGCGGAGCGGAGGAUCGCCGGUAGCAUGAACAUGGAGUAUCUUCCCAUGGGUGGUAGCGUGAAAAUGGUGGAAGAAACACUGAAGCUGGCUUAUGGAGACAAUUCCGAGUUUAUUAAAGACAAAAGGGUUGCUGCAGUGCAAGCUCUGUCAGGGACUGGUGCAUGCAGACUUUUCGCGGAGUUCCAAAAGCGUUUCCGUCCUGAAUCCCAAAUCUAUAUUCCUGUUCCGACAUGGUCCAACCACCAUAACAUUUGGAGAGAUGCCCAAGUGCCUCAGAGGACCUAUCAUUACUACCAUGCUGAGUCCAGGGGAUUAGAUUUUGCUUCGUUGAUGGAUGAUGUUAAGAAUGCUCCAAGUGGCUCGUUCUUUUUGCUUCAUGCGUGUGCUCAUAAUCCUACUGGGGUUGAUCCAUCAGAGGAACAGUGGAGAGAGAUCUCACAGCAAUUCAAGGCGAAAGGUCAUUUUGCCCUCUUCGAUAUGGCAUAUCAAGGAUUUGCUAGUGGUGAUCCAGAAAGAGAUGCAAAAUCCAUCAGGAUAUUCCUCGAGGAUGGUCAUUCUAUAGGCAUUGCACAAUCUUAUGCCAAAAACAUGGGACUUUAUGGCCAGAGGGUUGGAUGCCUCAGUGUUCUGUGUGAAGAUGAGAAACAAGCUGUGGCAGUGAAAAGUCAGUUACAGAUGAUUGCUAGACCCAUGUACAGCAAUCCGCCUGUUCAUGGCGCUUUAAUCGUUUCAACCAUCCUUGGUGAUCCGGAACUGAAGCAGUUAUGGCUCAAGGAAGUGAAGGGAAUGGCUGAUCGCAUCAUUGGAAUGCGAACUGCUCUCCGAGAAAAUCUUGAAAAUUUGGGCUCAUCCCUGUCGUGGAAGCACAUCACCGAACAGAUUGGUAUGUUCUGCUACAGUGGGAUGACGCCGGAACAAGUUGAUCGUUUGACAAAAGAAUUUCACAUCUACAUGACCCGAAAUGGUCGAAUCAGUAUGGCUGGCGUGACGACGGGCAAUGUUCGGUAUUUGGCAAAUGCCAUUCAUGUGGUGACAGAGUCUACAUAGGUCUUGCGCGCGCAAGGGGAAUAUAAAACUCGAAAGUCCAACUAUUCUUUCAGUAACUUGGGGACAGGCGAAUAAAAUUUUCCGAGGAUACGUACUUGGUGGAACGUAUUGUGGAACUAGAUGCUAGUGAAGCCAUUGAGAUUUGGGAAGUGGCCAAGGUUUGCCGAACAUUUCCCCCAUGAUAUCCUUUAUCGUAUCGCUGGUCGGUAGUAGUAGUAAAACUGAAACAGAAGUCAGCGCCUCAGCGAUCGGUACUUUUUAUGGGUUAUUACGUCUUUGCUAAAAUAUGAUGGUCGUGAGGUGGUAACAAAUUGUCACUAAAUCUUUUGAAGUUCAUUAUCCUACUACUGCUAAGGUAUGAUGGUCGUUUGGUUGAGAAUGCUAAUAGUCAAUUGGAAUCAAUAAUUGAAGAGAACCAAUAAUUUUGCCUAGAAAUGCACAGAAAGAAGCAGGAGCAUCUCUGCCCAAUUGCCCUAAGUUGGGAUGGAAAAAGAUCCGGUAUUUGGGUAUAGGUUGAACUCAACUUAUUAUAGAAAAAUCAAGUUUAGGUAAUUUAUUUUUAAGGCAUGUUUAAAAGAAAACGGGUAAAUAAUUAUAAAGUAAUUUUUGUCUUUUUUAUGAAACAAAUAGAAAGUGGAAACACCUACAUUAUAAUUAGGGUGAAGGUAGUUAAUGAAAUUAUUGAUAUUAUUUUUUUUAGUCGGAUGAGUUAGCUUGACUAAAAAAUGAUAUUCCUAUUAAUUAUAACUAUUUUGGCUAUUAAAUUUGUGUUGCAUUUAAUAGUCUUUGAAAAUUAAAAAAUUAUAUUAAUUUUUUUUCAAAAUUAAACCUAUAUUAAUUACAUCUCUCUAUUUUCCACUCCUUUCUUUCCCAACAUUUUUCUUUCCUUUUCCUGGUAGACUCCUUCUGAUCAUACUUCCGUCGGCAGACUCCUUCCCACCAAAUUUUCUCCGACAGAUUCCCUCUGACCACCUAAAAAAAGUAUCACUGCAUUAAAAAAAAUAUCAUUGCACUGAUACAACUAUCAUUGCACUGGAAAAAAGAAUGUAAUUAAUAUGAUUUUUUAAUUCUCACAAAUUAUUAAAUGCACCACAAUUUUAAUAUUACAUGAGUGCAUUUGCAUCCAAUGCAAUACCCAUAUGAAUAAUGACAAUUAGAUCAAAUUACCCAAUGAAUCUACACAUUACCAUGUCUAAUUGCAAUGUUGCAGGCAUAUACCUGCAACCCUACCAUACCAUGCAUAUGAAUGAUUUGAUAACUAGGGUUUUCAAAGUUUUUGUAGUUUUUCGUUCGUUGUCUCCUCUUGUUCAUGAGAUAUGAACUCCCUAAGCCAAAAUAGGGGUGUUAAUCGGGCGUAGUACAAUCAGGUUGUGGGUUUGUCGGGUUUCAAAUUCUUCGGAUUGCGGGAUAGUCAGGUUGCAGGUUUACCCAGGUUAUGGGUUCAUUGGGUUGCAAGACAAUCAGGUUACAAUAUGUCCAUCUUGUUACGGGUUGAUAGGAUUGCGAGACAGGCGGGUUCGGAGGAUUAGGUUGCAGGUUCUUUCGGGUCAGUUCAUCGAGUUACUUACUCAUUACUACAACUUAUACAUUUUAUUACAGUAAUCUAAAACAUUUUUUUUCACAAUUUUUAGUCAAUUUCUCGUUGUAUACGUACUUGUCAAAGUGUUGAAUCAAUUUGUAUGACUUGCAAACUUGUCAUGUAAUUAAUGGUAAUUGGUAGAGUACACUAGCUAGUAGUUAUGAUGAAUUGGCGAUAUUUAACAUUUUUAAUUUUUCAUCCAAUAGUCCUAAUACUAUCACAAAUUAAAGAGUGUAUCAUAAAAACAUUUUAAGUAC